ACACAGGUGCUGCAAACCAUGAGGGAUGCGAAGGGUUUAUGUGCUCCGCGUUUAAAUAGCACUGCCAGCGGCAACCACGGCAGUAGUAUUGGUUUGCAUCGCGCCCGAGGGAGCACAUACGAUGAGAGCAUCAAGAAUCAUAAUAAUAUUGCUGGCGAGCUUCGGUGCGGUCGCGCCGGAACUGUACGAGGACGCGGCGACGCUCUGCGACAGGUGCGCGUGCGUGAUCGCGAACCGGACCAGCGCGGUGCACGCGUACGAUCUGCUGGACUGUUCGCGCAAGGGGCUGACGCACAUGAUCGGGGGCUGGCCGGCCCGGUUCGACACUGUCGAGCCGGAGCGCGAGAUCGUCCUGUCGCUGUCCGGGAACAACCUGACCCGGCUGGAGCAGCUGCCCGCGACCAACACGACGCUGGUGUUCAGCUGCCGCCACUGCAACCUGGGCAGCGUGGCGGGCGGGCUGUUCCUCGACACCGCCAACGUGCUGCGGGUCGACCUCAGCCACAACCGGCUGACGGGCGAUGCGCUGACGGCGGCCGUGUUCCGCGGCCAGUACGUCGGCGAGGACAGCCCGCUGCUGCUGCAGCUGGACGAGCUCGAUCUGGGCGCGAACGCGAUCGCCCACCUGCAGGAGGACGCGUUCGAGCACAUCGUGAGCCUGCGGGAGCUGUCCCUUGCCCGCAACCCGCUCGGCCGGCUGGCGGGCGGUACGGCGCGCGCCCUCGCCCAGCUCGUCAACCUGGAGCAUCUCGACCUGUCGUACGCCGAGCUGACCGAGCUGGACGAGAGCGUGUUCGGCGGGAUGCGGUCGCUCCACGAGCUCAACCUGCGGGGCAACCGGCUCGGCGCGGUACCGGAGGCGCUCUAUCCGCUCGCCGCGCUGCACACGCUCAACCUGGCGGAAAACCCGAUCGAGGUGCUGAGCUUCGCCCAGCCACUCGACUAUCUGUUUGAGCUGAACGUGAGCAGCAUGCCGGUGCUGCACACCGUCGAGGUGGACUCGUUUGCUCACGUGCGCAUGCUGCGCACGCUGCUCGCGCGCAACAACACGCCGCUGGAGGUGUUCGACAUGACCAUACUGCACCAUCUGACCGAUCUGCGUGAGCUCGACCUGUCGCAGUCGAAGCUGAAGCAUCUGCACCCACCGACCGGCAGUGUGGCCCUGCCGCCCGCCGCCUACCUGAACGUGCUCGAGAUACUGCUGCUGCACGAGAACCCGUGGCACUGCGACUGUGCGCUGCAGAAGGUGCUCCGCUACAUCCACUUCUUCUCCCACUCGGACUACGAGGAGGAGGACGAUACGCGCUGCGAAACGCCCCACGGGCUGGCCGCGAUGCACCUGGUCGAGCUGUACUACAUCGACGUGUGCGACCAGCCGGAGGAGGGCCCGGCUGGACCGACGUACGAAAAGCCGGCCUUCCUGCGCCCGGGCGCCAUCUUUCUCUCCCUGCUGUCGGUCGGCAUCGUCGUCGGGCUCGGCAUCAUCAUCGGGCUGGUGAUCGUGUGUCUCAAGCGCCGGCUGGCGGCCCAGGGGCUCGGCUUUACCUCCGCGCCGGUCCGCUACACCUCGGUGCGCGAAAGCACCACGUCCACCGUUUUUCAGCCGUAGAGCGUGGUGGCUUGUGGACUGUGAGUCGGCGGGAAAAAGGGAGAGACUGCAAAACGUUCCUUACACUAGGGCUGGUAGAGUAAACCGCGGUUGAACAUCAAAAUUCCACAUUUAAGCAAGUUUAGUGCGUAGUGUCGUUUUAGUAAAUAGUGCAUAUCGCAUCGUAGGGCAAUGGUAGUGAAGUUGUUUGGAAACUGGGGCAGACAUUUUCUCGACACACUGCCGUAAGGUCAGUGGUUAGGGCAAUUACCUCGCGCUGAAGUGGACCAGAAACAGCGACAGGAUGUGCCGGACGGUGGAAACCCCCCUUCGCCAGCUGAUCGCCCCAACACUUCACUGCUGCCGACAUAACCUAUAAGUUAAGCUGCCAGCGUCUCGAGCCAGGCAUUCGAAUCAUUUGCACUUUUAGGAUAGUUUUUCUUAAUGUAACCUUUUUGCAUUACUUUUUUCAUUGUCCAAUUUUCAUUUACAAUUUUAACGUCUAAUUUAAAAUAAAAAUGUGAAAAAAUGUUGUACAACAAA